GUCAUUAACUGCUUGGGACCAUGGCAGCCCACUUUUUCAACCUGGUGCAGAAUUACGGCCUGAGAAUCGGCACUGGUGGUGGGAUACUGAUCUUGCUUGUGGUUCUGAUUGGUUGGGUUAUGCCAUACUACCAAAACUCAUACAAAUUGAACCGAUUUCCGGGACCUGUCCUUGCGGGAUACACCAGACUAUGGUCCUUUUGGAAGUCUAGGAAUCAUCUGACUUGUCUGUCGGUGCACGAUGAACACAUGAAGCAUGGGGAUUUUGUCCGACUUUCGCCCACUCAUGUCAGCAUCUCUCACCCAGACAGUAUCAGGGAGAUUCUUGGGCAUGGCAAUGGCUUCGCAAAGUCUGACUUCUACUACGCAUUCGACAACAUCGAACAAGGCAUAUUCACUACCCGAGAUAGAGCAAAACACACCAGAAAGCGUAGGUUUGUUUCGCACAUUUUCAGUCCAAAAGCUAUGAUCGAAUUUGAGCCGUACAUGACGAUUGCCCUGGGGAAUCUGGGUCGACAAAUGGACUCCUUAAUCGAUACAGCCCGGGCAGGGGCCUACGUCUCAUGGAGUGCCACAGAUCCAAUGAUUGCCCAGCACCAGAGAAAAGGCGAGGCAGCUUUAGAUGCUGCUGUGUGGUCUGCAUUCCUGGCAUUCGACAUCAUUGGAGACCUGGCUGUUGGCGAGCCAUUCGGCUUCGUCGAAGCUGGAUAUGACAGCGAAAACAGGAUCAAGAAAUUGCGGGACCGUGGCGAGUGGUGCGCCACCGUGGGCAUGCUACCAUGGAUCAAGACAUGGACGCCAUACUUUUACUUCGAUUCAUUCUUCACGAAGGGAUUAAAGGCAGCGCAAGGACUGGCGGAGAUGGGUAUAGCCUGUGUGGAGAAACGCAAGGCCGUAUCGAUCGAUCCCAAUCGUAAGGACAUCCUUUACUACCUCCUCACAGCCAAGGAUCCCGACAAAGGCGGCCCAAUCCCGGACGGUGAAUUGAAAGCGGAAGCUUUGACACAGCUGAUCGCUGGAAGCGAUACCACGGGAAACACUAUAACCCAUCUUACGGACAUGUUGACUCGGAAUCCUGCAAAGUUGAAAAUCCUGCAGGAAGAAUUGGAUACCGCCUUCCCAGACCCACUACCCCAAGACUUCGUUGCCAGCUUCGUGGACUGUAAGGAUCUUCCCUAUGUUCAAGCAGUCAUAUACGAAACGCUGCGUCUGAGGACGACAGUCUCGAUGGGUCUGCCUCGUGUGGUGGGCGAAGGCGGUGCUACAGUUUGUGGCGAGAGAUUCGAGGAGGGCACCGUGCUGUCUACCGCGACAUAUACCACUCAUCGUGAUCCACGGAUCUGGGGAAGUGAUUCGUGGGACUUCAAGCCCGAACGUUGGUUGGGUAGAGGUCAGGCCGAACUCGAAAAGUACUUCUUGGGCUUCAGUCAAGGCCCUAGAGCAUGCAUUGGACGCAACGUUGCUUUCAUGGAACUCAAAAAGACAGUGGCUACAGUCUUUCGCCGCUUUGAAUAUCGACUGAUAUAUCCGGAUCGAGAGUCGUGGUUACGAGAAGGUUUCCAUCUUAAGUGUCAGGAACUGCCUGUUUUCAUUCGCCGGCGGGCAACAGCGAUUGCAGAGAAGACAGCAUUGGCGACAUCUUGAGGUGUGUGAUGCCACAAUUGUGGUUUCCUCAAACAUGCUGGCACCUAGAGUUCCAAUGGCAUGGUAAAAGAAGAUAAAUGUUCAAGAGGUCAGACCACACGAAAGGCUUCUCUUGUUAUAUGUGGCUUGGUUUUCAGGAGACCUCGCCUUAUCAGAACAUUCACGGGCGAUAAGGAUCAAUCAACCAAUCCUCCACUCUUGGGCCUUAGUAAACACCUGCAAGGCUGUGGUUUGGCCCAUCCUAUUGGUUCAUAUCAAAGGCUGUUGCAAAACGGGUGGACACUAUUGGCCGACCGUCUCUAGAUACAUCUGGGAGCAUGUUAACAUGUUGAAAUGUGCCGACGGACGAAAUUCCG